AUGCGAAUAAACAAACUUCGGACCCUGUCGGCUCGGACCAACAAGCCCGAAAAUGCCCUGCAGGCAGCCGUUUCGUUUCUCGUCGAUAUGGGCUAUGAUGAAGACUCUGUGUUCAAUGCUUUGAUGGAAUCUAACGGUGACAGAGACAUGGCCGAAAAGGACCUCGAAUGGUGUAUUCGGCAGAGAGCUUCCAGUGAGCCAACCUACCCACACAAGGCUGCAGAGCGAGCACUCAGAAUUCGAGCGCUCGCGGCACGAAUUGGCAAGUCGGAAACUGUUCUGCAGGCAGCCGUUCCGUACUUAGUCAAUCAGGGAUAUGACGACGAAAGUGUGAUAAAGGCCCUGACGGAAUCAAACGGGGACAAAGAAAUAGCCGAAAAAGACCUCGAAUGGUGUAUUCUGCAGAGAAAUUUUAGUGCUCCAGCCUUCAGGUAA